GUCAAUGUGAAACUAUAUUUAAAACUUAAAGUAUACUCAAGUAAAUAUCUAUUUUUUUUUCGUUAAAAAGUUAACUCCUUGCGGCAAGAACUCGUGGAAAAAAACCUUCUUUGGCCCAUAUUCAUGCUUUAAAGUUCAUCAACUGAGUUUCAAAUUGCCCUAUUAUACUCUCAUUUUUUUUAUCAGCAAAAUAUUAUGUAUUGUAUAUAUAAUAAAACACUUGGAGUUUUUACUAGAGUGUAUAUAGUACCUAUUUACUUCAAAACUAAACAUCCCUACUUAUACUUUUGAUACAUGAUAUUACUGGGCAGAUUGAUAAACCAGUCACAUUUGGCUUGUUUGGGAAAAUAAGAGUAUCCCUGCAUAUUUUAUAGCAAUCUCAACACCUUUACAAAAGUCCCUUAGUAGUUCAGCAUAAUGAGUGAUUGUACUUUGUAUUUUCUUGAUACUAGAAAGGGGGAGCUGCUCCUAUCUAUUACAUUUACGUGUCUUCAUGGUAACUUCCUCUGCACUUAUGUUCUUCUUGUUUCUUCAAGUGCCAUUGUGUUGUGUAUUGUGUUGUUGCCUUCUCCCUUUCCGCCUUCCCUUCUCGUCUAUAUUUUUUAUCUGCAAACGAAAUCUGUAUUCUUCCAUACCAAAACAUUUUAUGAGGUUCUGCAUAUCCUAUUAACCUGUUUCUGACUCCACCUUUUCAUAAUGUUUUUAGUCUGUGUACGGGAUGAAAAUGUCAGUCUAAAUAAGACAUUGUUACUUUACAUAGUAUACAUUUCAACCAUAAUCAUAUAUCUAUGCAUUUGUCAUACCGAAGAUAUCUUGUGAGUCUAUAUACUUCUUUAAAGAUAAUCAUAUUUCUGUAAGUCCAAAUUGCCCAUAUAAUUGAAAUCCACAUACCGAAUCUGAUUUAAAAACAUCACUUAAAUUUCCUUUAUUUUCCUUGAAGUCCUUUUCUGAUAGAUAAAAAAACCACAUACCAUGUGAGCAAAUUUCAAGGCAUAUCAUAAGGAUAAUUUAGUCUAACAUGUCCCGGAGUUCUUGUCCCUUUCUGAUUUUUUCCUGAUAUAUAACUUCAAUUGGAGGGUAACCAAUCCAAUUGGAUUUAUCUAAUACCAGUAUUUAUUCGGUAGCACGUCCCAUUAACGAUGACUUUAACUUAAAGUGUAACACUCAUUGAGCACUAUCUCUAGGCUCAUAAAUAAACAAAUCGUUGAAAGUUACCCGGUGGAGACAUUUCUUAUGUGUACCACAGGCAUAGUACGCCCAAAAAGACGUCAUAUGUCAUAUACUGACUUCUUUACCUGAUGCAAAAUUCCCAACCAAAUCACUUACCCAUGUCAAAUAAACAUUUGAAUCCUAAAUUGAAUACUAUUGCCAUUGGUUAAAAUGUCUUUAGGCCAUUUUAUGUUUGUCUUUACCUUAAAGAACAGAGAACUUUUUAGGGCUCCCAGUACGCUGCUGGGCCACUAUCAAUGAAGCAGGUCAAUUCCAACAUUAAAUCUAGAGAAUUGAUAGUGUCUUAUAUAUGUCUUUGCGGUGCUCCUAUCUAACACAACGAUGCAUAAAUUUUCACAUGGGUGUGUUCUACCAUGAAGAGCCACCAAACCAACCCAAGAUAUGCAAAUACAUUGUUGCAACUCUUAAGGAAGUAUUUUCCAGUUGCCAAACUUUGGGUGCACGGCUUUCAACUUCAAGUUUUGAGGAUGAGUACCCAGUGAGCGAUUUUGACGAAGAACAAGAAGUGUUUAUCUCAGCAGUGAUAAGCCGCACAAUGGAGAAACAGAAGCAGAAGGCAAGCGUGUUGAGACACAGCUUUUCCUGGGUAUACUCUCCUGCAACGAAAGAACUAUUCGUGACAGAGGCAGUGACACCGCAGAAAAAAGUGGAGGGUGGUGAUAAAGAAAACGACGAAAGAGAAGAGUUUUUGUCUGUCAAAAGUUGUUUCUCACGCUGUUCGAGUUCUCCCAGUGGGUCAGUAUUCUAUUCUGUUAAGACAAACCUUUCACGAUGUUCAAGCUUCAACGACCUUCACCAGCAGUCCAAGCAUUGGAGACGUUCAGUGAUUGAGGAGUUUUGUCACUGCGAGGGAUGGCCCUUUGGUCUGUGCCGCAGAGCCGUGUUGCUUCCACCACUGCCCAAGUCACCUUCUGAGUCAUGGUUAUCGCGUAAGAUGAAACCAAGUAUUAAGAAACCAUGAAUUUCUUCACCUGUAUCUCACGUUAACAAUGUCGGAAUGCCGAAGCAAAAGCUUCUUCUAUGGUUUUUAUUGUGUUUAUUCACUUUUAAAAAAAAACACUUAAUAUAUAUUUUCUUUCCAUAA